UCUCAAGGUGCGCGCGCAGCGGAGAGGCGGCUCGCCUUCGUUCGUCGUCUCCGUUUGGAAGGCCCGGCUGUGUGUUUUGGGCCUGGUGAGCGGCCUGGCUUUUCUCCUCAGAGAGAGAAAGAGACGAGGAAAAGGGCGGAGAGCAACGGGAGGCCGAGCCGGAGCAGUUUCGAGAGGCUCAGGGGCGGUGGGUGGGCAAAUAAACCCCUUCCUUGGAGUUCACUCGGAAGUUGUAAACGAGGGGGGGGGCUGUUAAAGAAAGGAAUAAGAGGGUGGGAGGGAGCUGUGGGCAAGACUGGCGGAGGUGGUCGCUUUCCUUUCCUCCGCUUAAGGGAGAAACCGGCUCUGUUUCAGUGCCUUCCCCCUCUUCAGCCCUGCAGUGAAAGUGCUGCUCCUGUUUUUUUUAGUAAGCGAUCUGCCCUCAAGUCGGAACCGAGUUAUCGUGACCGUAAUAGGGCUUCCAAGCAGAGGAAACUGGAAAUUGUUUACAGGAGGACUGGAAGAUAGUCAGACGGAAAAAUGGACGAUAAAAGAAAACGAGCCAGAGUUCAGGGUGGCUGGGCCAGUUCACUUAACAGCAGAGCUUCCUCUUGUGCAACUUCUGGAGCUUCCAAUGCUAAGAACCAAGUCUUUCCAAGCUCUCCACAGUCACGGGCAGGAAGAGGGGAGCAGCUUUCAUCCAAAAAGCACUUUGUUUUUAAAGCACCAGAACAGGUGAUACGCAAAGCUCCACAGCCUAAAAUGAUUGAGAAACAAGGUAUUUAUGAGAUCAGCACAUCACCUUCAGGAGUGUCGCGAAUCCAUUUGAUUCCUGGCUUCAUUGAUUUAAAUGAAGCAGACUGGAUGUUUGAACAGCUCUUCCAUGAAAUCCCCUGGAGGCAGAGAGCACACGUCAGACAAGAUCUAUCUUAUGAUGAACCCAGACUCACAGCAUGGUAUGGUGAACUUCCAUACACUUAUUCCAGACUUACAAUGUUGGCAAACCCUCAUUGGCAUCCACUACUGACUAUGCUGAAAGAUCGUGUUGAAGAUUUCACUAAAAACACCUUCAAUUCUCUGCUUUGCAACCUGUAUCGGAAUGAAAAAGACAGUGUUGACUGGCACAGUGAUGAUGAGCCAGCAUUGGGACAAAAUCCUGUUAUUGCUUCACUCAGCUUUGGUGCUACCCGGAUGUUUGAGAUGAGGAAGAAACCUUUGCCUGAAGAUAACAGUGACUAUACUUAUGUGCAGAGAGUACAUAUACCACUAGAUCAUGGAACUUUGCUAAUGAUGGAAGGAGCUACUCAAGAAGACUGGCAGCACCGUGUACCCAAGGACUAUCACUCUCGGGAACCACGUAUAAAUUUGACGUUUAGGACUAUGUAUCCAGACCCUGAGGCAAUGCAUACAUGACUGAGAGAAUCUGUGAUGCCCACUCCUGCUACUGAGCCCAAAGGUUAAUUCUGGUCUGAGCAAAACAGCCCAGUUGGGUUUGGUGAUUGGCUAUUCAUGUAUGAGAGAGAAAAGGAAAAUGUUGCUAAAAUGAAAGCUACUAAUUGUUUCAACUGCCCAAUGAUGAGUGGUGCAUUUUAUGGGACUGCUUGCUAAUGCACGAUGCUUGAUAGAAAUUGAUUUUGUUUUGUUGAACAGUAUGUUCGUUUGUUAGAGCAUUCAUUUUUGAUAAGGCUCUUUUGAAUCAGAUCUGAGGCUUGGUUAAUUUAUUAAUACCAUCUUUAACUAGUUGUUUCUGGUAAUGCUGAGAUUUUCCUGGCAGAGAAUACCAACUGCCUUCUUAUAUUUUUGUUUUUGUGCCAUGUUCUGUCCUUUCAUUUGUUUCAUAUAUGUGAAUAAGAAUCUUCUUCGUUAACUGGACAAGAUAGUAUGAAUGUAACUUGCAGUACUGCAAUCAUGCCCGAUAAGUCCAGGUCAGCUUAGAAUUCUGAAAAACUUGAUGUGAGAAGGAGAAAGGCAGAUUUGAAGUAGGGAGUCACAGGUAUCAUAAAAUGAUGUAUAAGAAGAUACACAGAACAGUAACAGGUUUCAGAAACUCUUAUCUCCAUCUUUAUUGUUAUAUUUACUUACUGUCUCCAUGUUAUUGGUAUGUUCUUAAUGCUCUCAGAAUUAUUGUUUAGGAAAAUAAAAUGAGCUAAUUAUGUCCCUGUGGUUAGAUAAAUAGCACCUUCUCCUUCCCAGUAAGAGUUUUUUCUGGAGGUGAGAAUGAGCAUGACAUUGUGGCUUUUAAAAUGUCGAGCCAUAGGCCCAUCUUACCCCAUGCACUCACUGGUGGUAGUUUCCCACAUUCUUGGGAAAGGGCUUCUCCCAGCUCUGAUCUCAAGAAAUAUUUUGGCUAAAAAUGCCAGAAAUUGAGUUGGAGUUUUUCUGCCUGGGAUCUACUAUGUCACCCAUCUGCUAAAGCUGGAUAAUAUCAGAUGGAGGCCUUUUCUGACCUUAUUGGCUCCCUGCCCCAUUUAGUUAUAGCGGCUUCACCCUCCCCAGUUGAGGAGGAUUUAAAGUUUUUCAGAAAGUGGCAAAUAAAGUCCUUGGUCUAGCUGCUUUCAUUUCCAAUUACUGAUCAGAUAUACAGUGGUACCUCGCUAGACGACGACCCCGCUGUAUGACGAAUCUGCAGGACGGUGACUUUUUGCGAU